ACAAAUUUGAAACUCGAAACGUCCUGUCCACUGGAGAGGAGAGAGAGAGAGAGAGAGAGCUGAAUCGAGUUCGCAUCUCUAUCCCUCACAAUUCAAAAACCUAAAACCCUAGAUUUCAAAUCAGAGAUUAUUUAUCAAACCGUAGAUUUCAAAAUCAGAGAUUAUUUAUCACUACUGAUCUUAGAAAUCCCAAAAUUAGAGCUCAAAAGCCUGGAUUUUUCUUAAAUUUUCCGAGAGAGUUACUUACAUUUAGUCGGUUCUAGGGUUGAUAGGGACCUGACAUCAAAAGAUUUAAUUUCAAGCUCUCGAUUUGAGUUUGAUUUGCCGGUUCAAGAAAGAUGAGUAGCAAAAAGGCAGAAGAGCGAAACGAGAAGAUAAUCAGGGGUCUCAUGAAGCUUCCGCCCAAUCGAAGAUGCAUCAACUGUAACAGCUUGGGACCACAGUAUGUUUGUACAAACUUCUGGACCUUCAUUUGUAUGACAUGCAGUGGAAUACAUCGUGAGUUCACUCACCGUGUGAAGUCUGUAUCCAUGGCUAAGUUUACUUCCCAAGAAGUCGAAGCUCUACAAAAUGGUGGCAAUCAGCGUGCACGGGAAAUAUUUUUGAAGGAUUGGGACUCACAGAGACAGAGAUUGCCUGACAACAGCAAUGUUGAUAAAGUUCGUGCGUUUAUAAGGAAUGUUUACGUGGAUAGAAAAUAUGCUGGGGGAAAUACCUCUGAAAAACCUCCAAGAGACACCCAGAACCUUAGAAACCAUGAAGAUGAGACAAGACGAGCCAGUUCAUAUCAUUCUUAUUCUCAAAGUCCACCAUACGAUUAUCAGUAUGAAGAUCGGCGGUAUGGGAAACACGCUCCUGCUCUUACUAGAAAGCCUGGUUCAGAUCGAGGCCUCUAUGAAGCGAAAGUCUCAGGUUUCUUAAGUCCUAGUCGUUUGAGCGACCAAAUGUACGAAGACAGGUUUGCAAAUGAGGGAUUAAAUUCCAGAUUCUCAGACUAUUCAGCAUCCAGUGCAGGUGAUCCAUUCAGGUCUGGUGCCCAGUCACCAACUCUUCAAAGAGACAUUGGAUAUAGCAGUCCUUCUAGUCAAAAUUCAAGGGAUAUCUUAAACGAUGAUGUGCGAUAUCAAACAAUGAAUACAUUCUUAGAGGCAAACACUAAAAGGGAUACAAAUGGGCUUCCAUGUCCACAGAGAACUGCAUCUUCAAGCAGCUUUGGAUCAUUUGAUGGCAACUCCAUGUCGCUCAAGUCAGUUAAUUCUGUUAAUUCAAUGGAUGUUGCUUCAGGACCUCAACAGUCUGCUGGUAUCCAGCAGGAUAAACUGUCUACUUUUCCCACUUUACCACAAUCAGCUGUAUUUGGGAAUUUUGGUGGCUUGGACCUCUUUGAUGCGCCAUCCGCACCACAAACUGUCUCUUCUUCAGCUCCAGCAACGGAUUUGUUUCAGUUGUCAGAGACAUCAUCAACUCCACCUAUAGAUUUGUUUCAACCAUCCCCCAUUCCUUCAGUUUCAACUUUGAAUGCACAUCAACCUUCCAAAAGUUCUACACCGUCAUCUUUAGACUUGUUCUCUGAGAUUCCUCAGCAGCAGUCGGCUGCAACCUUGGAUAAAAAAUCACCGGAUCUUGUUAUGCCAAAAAAUGAAGGGUGGGCAACAUUUGAUGUACCUCAGCACAUGGCAUCUAAUGUGGGUAUUGAAAAUUCUACCCCUGCAGUAAUACCUUCUUCUGACGGAGGUCCUCCUGGAAAGUUUGACCCACUUUUGUCCCAAAAUACGAGCCUGCAGUGGCCAUCAUUUCAAGAUUUUAAUGCUCGUAGACCUUCUGUAUCAAUGUCUAAUCCAUGGAAUGAGGGCGUGCACAAUGUUAAAGCCUCCCUUGGUGCGAUGGGCACUCAGUCAUGGAAUGCCUUUGAAGAUUCAAUUGGACAACCACCUCUUGGGGGUAUUCAACAAAGUAGGGAGCAAGUUGCAAUGCACAAGUCGUCAACUGCUGAUCAGUAUUUGGGCUUGGGAAUAUCAGAGGACUUAAAUAAAAAUGGGAUUCAAAGAGCUGUCUUGGAUAAUGGACCUCCUUUUCCUAGUGUACCAUCGCAUGUUAGUGGGUCAACAUAUUCUUCAUCAGCACUUCCUCUAAUGGAAGGAGCACAUUCCCAGUCACAUGCAACUGAUCACAUAUCAACCAACCCAUUCGACCUUCCAUAUGAUUCCGGUUUGGAAUCUAACAAUGCGUUCUUGGAUAUGACCUCUCUGCAAGCUGCACUGCCAAAUGCCCAGACGCCACCUGCCUUCCUUGAUGGUUUAACUCAGCCAUGGUUUCCUCAAAAUCCAGCUACACCUUAUAUUCCAAAUGCACCACAAGGUGCCUUAGGAUUAAUGGCAGGGCAAUCACCAGGCACUCAAUUAGUGAAUGGUCCGACACAAGGCCCUGUUGCUUCUGUUGGAGGAAAUCCUUUUGCGUAGGAUUCACUUGUGUAUUCAUUUCUCUUUGGUCGGUAUUAGAAGUUUCCUAGGGACUUUUCUAGGUUUUGCCUUGUCUCUUUCAUACAUUGUAAUCCAAAUAUUUUAUGGCUCUAUUCAUGUCUGUAUUCUUCGUGAAAUAAAACGUUGGUGUGGAAAAUUUUCAUUCA